GAAGCACCCCACCCUCAAGAGCACGAAGCCUUGCGCGUGCUCAAGAGACAGUAGUUUCCGUUUUGUUUCCUGCGUGUUGUGGGCAGAUUUCUGCGCGGAGCGCCUACUCUCCACUGCUUGCCAGCUUUGAAAACGCUUAAAUUGCAGAGUCAGCGGCAUACUCCUGACACAACAACAGGCACGUGUUCAUCAUUAGGUCCAUUGAGGAACCCAGAUAUGGAUGCUGAGCAGAACCAGGUGUUGGACACCGCAUCAGAGACUCGAGAGCAACAGGAGACGGGAGCAGGAGACUGCCCCAAGUCACAACACGACUCUCCAAUAGAUCCUGCAGAAUCACCAGUGACUAGGCAAGAAAUGGAGCAUUUGCAAGAUGUGGUUAGAGAAUCAAGACCGUCAGAAGAAGAGACGGCGCCAAAAGCAGAAAAAUCCCCAACGAAAAUGGUUGUAUCUCCUGAAAAGGUUCCAGAGACCUCUACAGAAGUUGUGACUAAAGCAGAGAAGUACCCAGAUAAACAACCAGAACUAGAGAGCUCAACAGAGGUCUCUGAGCCAGCUACAGCAAUGUACGUAGAAUGCGAAAACAUCCAGACCGCAGAGCCUAAAAAGCAGCCAAUGCCAGAGAGGACACCAGAGCCUCUAGCAGAGAAUAACAUUGAAACUGCGCCAGAGAAAAUAGCAGAACCCGUCCCAGAGGCUGUUAAACUGUCUGAGCAGGCAGCGCCCGAGCCUGUCACACAGACAGAAUCUGAGGACGUCAAACUGCUCGAACCAGAAGAGAAAGGGCCUGAGGAAUCUGAGAAGCAGGCAGAAUCUGGUAUUGUGUUGGCGGUGAUGCCAGCAGAGCAUGAAACUGUAAAGGAAGUGGAGGCAGACAGACUGACCGACGCUGACAUUGUACCGGAUCCAGAGCCAAAGAAAUCGGUAGUGGCUGAGACUGUGAAGAAAGUGGAGGCAGAGAAACCGGUAGCAGCUGAGACUGUGAAGAUGGUGGAAGCAGAGAAACCGGUAGCAGCUGAGACUGUGAAGAUGGUGGAAGCAGAGAAACCGGUAGCAGCUGAGACUGUGAAGAUGGUGGAAGCAGAGAAACCGGUGGCAGCUGAGACUGUGAAGAUGGUGGAAGCAGAGAAACCGGUGGCAGCUGAGACUGUGAAGAUGGUGGAAGCAGAGAAACCGGUAGCAGCUGAGACUGUGAAGAUGGUGGAAGCAGAGAAGCCGGUAGCAGCUGAGACUGUGAUGGAAAAGAAACUGGUAGAAGCUGAAAUUGUAGAAGAAGUAGAGUCGGAGAAACAGGCAAAAGGUGACGCAGUGGAGCAGCAGAAGGCAGAAGUUGUCGAGCAGGUCCCUGCUCCUGGCACUUUGUCUUUCGCUUUCCUGGAACAUGAGCAGACCAAAGCCACCCUUCGCACCUCUCGCACUCUAAUCAUCCUCAGAGGCCUCCCCGGCAGCGGCAAGAGCCUCUUGGCACGUGCCAUUGCAGAUAGCUACCAGGGUCUCUGCACUGUCUGCUGUGCUGAUGACCAUGGUGUGAAACCGGAGAGUCCAGAAGCAUCGGCAGAUGGGUAUAAGGCUUUUGACGAUGCUGUGGUAGCCUGCUGCAGUGUAGGAACAUCUGCUCAAGUGAUUGUGGUGGAUGACACCAACCAUACCCAUGAUCGGCUGGCCCGUCUGGGGGAGGUAGCAGAGCAGCACCGGCUGGUGGCCAUGUUUCUGGAGCCCCGCACUGAGUGGAGCAGAGACUUGCCACAGUUGGCCAAGAGAACUCUGCGGGGGCUAGAGGAGGCCCAGAUCCAGGCCAUGAAAGUUCCUCUUGAGGAGACGUCCCUGCCCCUUUUCUUUGGCUGGUUCCUUCUCCCUGGCAUCCAGGACAAGGUCAGGUGCACGUCCAUGGAUUUCCUGAAGACGCUGGACACGCUUGAGGCCUUCAAGAAGCACUUGCCUGACUUCACUGUUGAGGCUGAGAAAGAGGUGGACCUGGAGCAGUAUUUCCAAGCCAAUGGAGCUCUUCAUUGCACUACCAAAUUCUGUGACUAUGGCAAGGCUGAGGGAGCCAAGGAAUAUGCAGACAAACCAAUUGUUAAAGAGUUGUAUGGCUCUGCGUUCGAGCUGUCCCUCAGUGCCCUCUUCGUCACACCUCGCACUGUUGGUGCCCGGGUUUCACUCUCUGAGGAUCAGUUAACCCUGUGGCCUGCCGACGCUGAGAAGGAGGCAGUCCCGGCUGCCGCCACCCUGCCCGCAGGCAGCCGUGCCCACAUCACCCUGGGCUGUGCGGAGGGGGUUGAGCCACAGCAGACUGGCUUUGACCUGCUGGAGAUCCUAGCGCUGCAGCAAGAGGGUCAGGAGGGAGAGCUGGUGGAGGAGAUGGAGCUUGGCUCCCUGGCCUACUACGGCAAGGGGAGGUGGCUGCUCAGUCUGAGGGAGCCCGUCUCCGCCCAGGCCUGCUUCUCCAGCCUCUACGGGCCCAAGAAGGCCGACACGACCAAGAAAGACGGGGAGAAGAAGAAGAAGCAAAAGUGCACCAUACUGUAAAGGAGAGGGGGAAGGUGGCGGUAAUGGAUGGCUCGGGAUGAGUGGCGUACUAGUGUUCUGAUUUGUCUGUGGGGAGGUUUGUUUGUGCUACUUUUGGGGUUUGGGAGGCGUCUUGGAUAUCCACCCCAAAUCCACAAGCUGUGUGCCUUUCUCUAUUACUUUGCUGCACAACCCAAGAGGCCUUUAAACCACAGUUUAGGUCAAGCUUAGCAUCUUGUUCAGUGUCUUGUCAUGCUUUUUAGUGCCAUAGUUGCAAUUGGAUAGGAUUUCUGUAAACAAGGCCUGAUUUCAUGGCUCAGAUGUAGUACUGCUGUACCUAGUACCGCUUCUCCCCGUUUGUGACCACUAUUUUUCCCUACUCAAUUCACGUCUAACACUAUAUACAACCCCUUCCGCAUAUGUCAGUGUUAAGCAUUUAGAUGUGUUUUCAUGUUUGGUGUGAGUGGCUCAUAGUAUUUUCAUCGCAUGCCAGGUUUUUCAGUUUAGCUGAUGUAGUUCUAGUCAUGAUUAGCUUCUUUGCAAAAAGUUGCACAUCUCUUUCAGUAAUUUCUCGUGACACUGGUCAUUUCCUGUGAUUUAGUCAGUCAGCCCUGUCAUGUAUUUGUGCAUUUGUAUGUGUGCUUAGUACGAAGGAAAGAGCUGGGUAAUUUCAUAAGUAGCUCAUGGGCCAAAAGGGUGUCUGUGUGCUUGAUUUGAUGAACUGUGAAUGUCAUUCAUCGAGGCCAUUCCUAAUUAACUCUUUUUGCACGAUGCAGCAGAAAUCAAAGGGAGAAUGCUGAUGAAUGUGCAGUUUGUUUGAUUAGCUGGCACUUACUUGGUACUUAUCAAAUGCUGUGAAACCAAGGCCACAAUUUGCAAUAUUCUGUAGUAUAGGUGACUGCAGCCUGGGAUCAUCCCUCUCUGUCAACCAUAGUUUUCGCAUGUCAAGUUGUAUGUAUUCACUGUCUUUUCAUGACUGAUGUGUAGGUCUCUUAGGGCAAAGCCAUGCUUGUGUAUUUCUUCCAAUGAGUCACUAUUUUUGCACAUGUUUUGUACACUUAAUAAAGGAAUUUGUUUUGCGGCAAA